AUGAGCGUCCUCCUCGAGACCUCGGCGGGUGACAUAGUCAUCGACCUGCUGGUCGACUACGCGCCGAAACUCUGCGAAAACUUCCUGAAGCUGUGUAAAGUCAAAUACUACAACUUCUCGCCCGUGCACAGCGUACAAAAAGACUUCUCCUUCCAGACCGGCGAUCCUAUCGGCCCCGACUCGAAAGACAGCGAUGGAGGGAGCUCGAUAUGGGGGCUGUUGGAGGGGCCGGCCAAGAGGACAUUUGUUGCAGAUUUUAACCCAAAGCUCAAGCAUGCAGAGAGGGGCACAGUCAGUAUGGCCACGGCGCCUUCGACAAGGGACCCGGAUGAGAGGGUUGCAGGCAGUCAGUUUAUAGUUACGUUGGGUGACAAUUUGGAUUAUUUGGAUGGCAAGGCCGCUAUUUUUGGCAAGGUUGUCGAAGGAUUUGAUGUGCUGGAGAAGAUAAAUGAAGCUUUCUGCGACGAGAAGGGGCGGCCUCUGGUUGAUAUCCGGAUCAAGCAUACGGUUAUUCUCGACGAUCCCUAUGAUGACCCUCCGGGCCUCGUCGAGCCUCCAGAGAGCCCUCUACCAACUAAGGCACAACUUGCCACCGUACGAAUAGGGGAGGAUGACAAGUUGGACGACGAUGCGGAUCCCGAGGCCGUCGAAAAGCUACGACGAGAACGAGAGGCCAGGGCACAGGCCUUGACCCUAGAGAUGAUUGGCGAUCUUCCAUUCGCCGAAGUCAAGCCUCCUGAGAAUGUCCUCUUUGUCUGCAAGCUCAACCCCGUUACCACCGACGAGGAUCUGGAGCUGAUCUUCAGCCGCUUCGGCAAAAUCCUCUCCUGCGAAGUAAUUCGCGACAAGCGCACUGGCGACUCCCUUCAAUACGCCUUCAUCGAAUAUGAAGAGCAAAGCUCCUGCGAACAAGCAUAUUUUAAGAUGCAGGGCGUGUUGAUCGAUGACCAUCGCAUCCAUGUCGAUUUCUCACAGUCCGUAUCCAAAUUAUCGGAUUCGUGGCGGACGGCGACGAAUUCCAAAAGACGGCAAGGUGGAGGGGGCUUUGGUGGCGUUAGUGGUCUGGAAAAGAAGAGACAGUAUAAGGCAGAAGACUAUGGGGGCGGUAGGAGGGAUAGGUAUGGCAUGGUUUAUGACGAGGACGAGUUGAGGAGACGGCACGAAAGGGAGGGAAAAUACGACUCGGAGAAGAGAGAGCGGAGUCGGAGCCGGAGUCCACAGGAGAAGAGGAGAAGCUAUUAUGAGAGAGAUGACAGAAGAGGAAGGGGUGACGGUGACAGAUAUAGGAGUGGCAGGGAUCGAGAUCGCUAUGAUGAUCGGGAUAGAGGCGGUCGGGGAGGUCGUAGAGAUGAUAGUUAUCGGCGGCGAUAG